AUGGCCGAAACGAAAAUGAAGGACCUUGCCACUCCGGCCAUGCCGGCCGAAACGCACUUGGUCUGGAUUGAUUGUGAGAUGACUGGGCUGGACUUGACGGUAGACCAGAUAAUCGAGAUAGCGUGCAUUAUCACAGACAAGGACUUGCAGGAACUGGACGAUGGGAUCCAAUUCGUGAUACAUGUGGAACAACCCGUACUCGAUCGAAUGGGCCCUUGGUGUCAGAAACAGCAUGGAAAGUCGGGAUUAUCCGAAGCUUGCCUCCGAUCACCCCAUACAUUGGCAGAAGUAGAUCAGAAGAUUCGACGAUAUCUUGAGCACCACUUGCCCGGGCUUGAAGGGAAAGCGGUCUUAGCAGGAAACUCGGUGUACGCCGAUAAAAUGUUCUUGGACAAAGACCUACCUCUGGUAUCACAAUACUUACAUUACCGCCUCGUGGACGUGAGCUCGAUCAAGGAACUUGCCAGGAGAUGGGAGCCCAAACUUGUAGAGCUUGCGAAACCCGCCAGCAUUCCUUCUAAACAUCGCGCACUCGAUGACAUACGCGACUCAAUAUCUGAGUUACGAUUCUAUCAAAAGCAUUUUUUUCUUCCAUCCAGCAGCAAUCAUGGAAAACCUUGA